AUGAAUAGGGACACAAAUAGUAGUUCAGAGAAUGUAGGCAACACGAGUGGGAAUAGUUAUGAUAACAGAGCUCAUGUUGGAAAUGCGUACGGUGUCGGAGCAUGUGAGAGGAGUAAUCAACAGUUGAAUGUCCCUAAUGGGGAUAAAGUUAACCAUCUAAACAGUCACUCCAAUUUAGGUGAACCAAGAAGUACCAAUAGGAAUCACCAAACGUUGGACAGCAAUAAAAGUGGUUCAGUCAAUGUUAUAUUUAAUGACCCCCCCCCAAGUGGGCAACACAACAGAAGUAGCAUUAGUAGUGACGUUCCGAGGGAGGUAUACAUCCAUAGUCAGCCGAAUGAGGGGAAUGUGCACAAGACGAGCACAUGGCAGAGUAAGGAGGGAAGCAGCAUAAGUUCUCCUGCAAAUGAGAAUAACGCGGUUACCGCUUCGUGUAGUAAUGACCAGCCGCUCUGUUCACAGAAUGCUCAGCAGUUAAGUGCAUCCAGCGCAGCAGAAUCGGGGUACGCCAUUCACGGGGGUUCUAACCUAGCUAGCUACACUCGAAAUGAGAACAUUUUGCAUGAGGCUAAUAACUCCCUGAGUAACAUAAGUCAUGCACAACGUAAUGCUAUGCAAGUUAGUUUGGUGAGAGGUGCCCCAAAUGAUAAAACGAGUUUUGAUAGGGCCAAUGAAAGGACGUAUCAAAUAUAUGGGAGCAGCCAUGGCGGUUCCCCCAAUGCAGCGUCUGCUGGUGUACCUUCCAACAGCGUGGGCAGCCAGGCGGAUAGCGGCCACGUUAGUCAGGUGCAGCAGGACGCGCGCGGCGCGUGGGGCGGCGGGCCGCACAGUAAUGCUACAUAUAGUAGUGCUGCGUAUAGCAACGCUGGGUACUCUAACGCCCAGUAUAGUAAUACCUCAUAUAGCAACCCUCCGUAUAGCAACCUUCCAUAUAGUAAUACCCCGUAUAGUAAUACCCCGUAUAGUAAUCCCCCGUAUAGUAAUACCCCGUAUAGUAAUCCCCCGUAUAGUAAUCCCCCGUAUAGCAAUGUCCCGUAUAGCAAUGCCCCGCAUAGCAAUGCCCCGUAUAGCAAUGCCCCUCAUAGCAAUGCCCCGCAUAGCAACGCUCCGCAGAGCAGCGCGAAGGAGCACCACAGUGCGUACCAAACAGCGUACCAGCACAGGGCCUCUAACCAGCAUAGCGUCUAUAAUCAGCAUAGCGCUAACCGGCCCGCCGCUAACCAGCCCACCGCUAACCAUCCCGCCGCUAACCAACCGAGUGCGCAAAACUUUUAUGGAGGCCCCUCAAGCAACGAUGGCAACGCGUAUGGCAGUAGACCAUUCGGGAGCGCGUCAUAUGGAGUAAAUCCCGCCACAACUGCUGAUCCAAGUGGGAAUGCAAAACGGGAGGAUCAACAGGAGCGAGGAACGAACAGACAGAAAUACGAACGGUCAGAUGAAGAAUCCGUGGAAAGUUCAAGUUCCGAAAAUUCAAGUGAAAACGAAAAUGAGGUAACAGAUAAAGGAGAAGAAGUAUACACCUUGUUAAAAAAAACGAUAAAUCGUAUAGACAUGAACAAAAUCCCGAGACCUGUAAUAAACCCUCAAGAGAAAAAAAAAAAAGAAAUUUAAAUGAAGAGCACGUUGUAUCAGAUUCCGUUAUUUUCAGAGACGUUAAAGCUGUCUCAGAUUCCAUUUGGAAUUAUUGUAAAUCCUUUUGCAUGUCUAAACGAAGGAGAAAACGUAGACAAAAUAGAUAUGAAGGAUAUCAUUAACGAUAAAGAAGAAAAUAUAGAAAUUUUGAGAUGCCCCAAAUGUCUAAGUUACUUGCAUGCAACUAUAUUGGAAGACAUUUCUAGCACAGUACAAUGUGUUUUUUGCGACACCGAUUUUUUGAUUAAUGAAAAUGUGCUAUUUGAUAUAUAUCAGUAUAAUGAGAAGAUAGGACAUAGGGAGAGUAAUCACCAUGGGUAUUCUCUUUCCCCUUUGUUAAAGGGUAGUGUCGAUAUUAUUAUCCCCCCCAUUUAUUACCAUAAUGUGAAUAACUUCAAGUUGACUUAUACCUACUUGAGUAAGAACAUUAACCAAACGGCGUCCAUGAUUACAAAUAAGAUUAUGUCACUGACGAAGCAUAUUUCUAGUUCUCUAGUUGCUAAUGAUUCCAAAGGGGGUAAUAAACCGACUUCUGGUAGUGCUUUUGGUGAUUCGGGGGAGGCAACUUUUUUUUCAGGUGGUGGUUAUACCAAUUAUGGAGGGAUGGGAGGAUACAGCGCAUAUGACAGCCAAAGCGCAUACAACAAUCAUAGCGUGGUUAACAACCGAGUGGGCAGCAGCGCAGGGAAUCAUCCCUAUGGGAAUGACCACGCUGUGCAAAAUUUCGACAACCUGACGGACAAUGCUAACCUUACUAUGAAUGAUAUGAAAAAUUUGUUAUGCGAAAAAAGUGGCGAAUCGGAUACCGCCAAAAUGAGAAGAAAUUCGUUGCUGGCGAAAUACCCGCAAGUAAAAAAUAUGUUGCCGCCCUACUUUGUCUUCGUCGUGGAAUGCUCCUACAAUGCCAUUUAUAACAACAUAACGUAUACGAUUUUGGAGGGCAUUAGGUACGCCGUGCAGAAUGUGAAGUGCCCGCGGACGAAGAUUGCUAUCAUUACGUUCAACAGUUCGAUUUAUUUUUACCACUGCAAGAGGGGCGAGCAGGAAGCGGGGGGUAGCGGCGGUAGAGGUAGCAGUGGUAGAGGCAGCAGCGGCAGAGGAAGCAGCGGCAACCACCAGGUAAUCGUGAUGAGCGACGUGGAUGACCCUUUUCUGCCCCUGCCGCUGGAGGACCUCUUCUUCGGGUGCGUCGAAGAGAUAGACAAAAUUAACACCCUCAUAGACACGAUAAAAUCGAUGAGCACGACGAUGCAGUCGUAUGGGUCCUGUGGAAACAGCGCACUCAAAGUUGCCAUGGACAUGCUGAAGGAGCGAAAUGGGUUGGGUAGCAUAUGCAUGUUCUACACCACGACCCCCAAUUGCGGAUUAGGUUCCAUUAAAGAACUGAAAAAGGACUUGCAAGAAAAUUUUCUGGAGGUAAAGCAAAAAAUAUUUUACGAUUCCCUACUACUGGAUCUAUACGCAUACAAUAUCAGUGUAGACAUUUUUAUUAUUUCGUCAAAUAAUGUGCGUGUGUGUGUUCCGUCUCUACAAUAUGUUGCGCAAAACACGGGGGGGAAAAUACUGUUUGUAGAAAAUUUUAUAUGGCAGAAGGAUUACAAGGAGAUAUACAUGAACAUAAUGGACACGCUAACGUCUGAAGACAUUGCCUACUGUUGUGAGUUGAAAUUAAGAUACUCACAGCAUAUGUCGGUGAAGAAGCUGUUCUGUUGUAACAACAAUUUUAACUCCAUUAUCAGUGUCGACACGAUUAAGAUCCCCAAAAUUCGUCAUGAUCAGACGUUUGCCUUUUUACUGAACUACUCGGACAUAUCAGAGAGCAAAAAACAAAUUUAUUUCCAAUGCGCUUGCAUGUAUACCAACUUGUAUGGGGAUCGCUUUGUUCGUUUGCACACUACGCACAUGAAUUUGACCUCGUCCCUGAGUACAGUCUUUAGGUACACCGACGCAGAGGCCUUGAUGAGCAUCCUCAUUAAGCAGUUCUGCACCAACAUCCUGCACAAUGAUAAUUACUCCAAGAUUAUCAUCGAUAAUUUGGCGGCCAUUUUGUUUUCCUACCGCUUAAAUUGUGCCUCGUCUGCCCAUUCGGGCCAGCUGAUCCUCCCGGACACGCUAAAGUUGCUUCCGCUCUUUACCUCCUCUCUUCUAAAACACAAUGUCACGAAGAAGGAAAUCUUACAUGACCUGAAGGUGUACAGCUUGAUAAAGCUCCUCUCCAUGCCGAUCAUAUCGUCCCUGUUGUACGUAUACCCAGUAACGUAUGUAAUUCACAUCAAGGGCAAAACGAACGAGCUUGAUUCUAUGGAUGUGGAUGACGAUCUGUUUAUUCCCAAAACGAUACCAUCCAGCGCGGAGAAGAUUUACUCGAAUGGGAUUUACUUGCUCGAUGCGUGCACCCACUUUUACCUUUACUUCGGGUUUCACUCCGACGCAAAUUUCGCCAAGGAGAUUGUUGGAGACACCCCGACGGAGAAAAACGCGCAUGAACUGAACCUGACGGAUACCCCCAACGCACAAAAAGUUCAACGUAUCAUUAAGAACCUGACCAGGAUUCACCACUUCAACAAGUAUGUCCCCCUGGUGAUGGUUGCCCCCAAAUCCAACGAGGAGGAACACCUCAUAUCUUUGUGCGUUGAAGACAAAGCCGACAAGGAAUACAGCUACGUGAACUUCUUAUGUUUUAUUCACAAAUUGGUUCACAAAAGGAUUGAUGAGUCGUAA